AUGGAGGCGGCGACGGAUAUCCUCACUGCUCCUCGGGUCGCCGAGGCGGUGCGACUCGCGGGCCCUAUACCCAAAGAUGGCACACCCACAACGACGAGAGAAGAGCUCGGUGGUGCGGAAUUGGGGCAACGUGUGUCGCCACGGUCAUCCUCACGCCGUCGGGUGGUGAAUGUUUUCCCCACAUCGGAGUCUGAGACGUUAGAAGUCCAACCUGCAUCGUCGAGGGGCCCCUUGUUCGCUUCCUCCUCAUUGGAAACAGCGUCCGUCGUGCGAGACUCCAACAAUUCUGGGGGGAAGCGCGGCAUUUCCGGGAAGGGGCAAUCGAGGAACUCUACAAGCUCGCCAGGUGUAAAAGGAUUGGUCACAAGAAGUCCUGCCACUACUCGCUCCUCUGUUAGUAGUACGAGUUUUUCCCCGUCUAAGCCCAAUAAGCGGACCACACACACCGUCUCGUCGAAGCGCUUUGGUGUUCCUGGAACGCAAGGUGACAAGUCCACAACAAGUUCAGGGACGACCAAGAGCAAACUGUUUUCACUCAAGCCAGAGGGUAAACCGACACCGCUACCGAAGGCCGGAAGGAAAGAAGCAACGCCAAAAAGAGGUUCUCGUUUGUCUCCACCAUUGCGGCGACUAUCACCAGGGAGUAGGAAGAAGAAAUGGAGGAAACCUUUUCAGGCUCUAAUGAGUGCUGAGGAAAAGGCACGUAUUGUCAUUGACACUGAAUAUGAGGCGGAAUGGGAAACAGUGCUCUUGAAAAUUGCGAGUGAUGCCUUUGUGCCACAGAGACGCAACUUUUUACAACUUCAAGAGGAAUUGUACAGGGUGCAUCGUGAAUGUGAAGCGACUACUACAGAAGCAGAAAAGGCUGUGGAAAAGCUGGUCAAAUCCACCUUUGAAUUGCUUCAAACUGUACACUUAGCUGGUGCGAAUGUUUUAGGGGAAAACAGAAUUCUUGAACUUGACAUCCCAAUGACCAUGCAAGCAUUUACCACCGAGGUGGAAGUACUGUCGUGCGCCAGGGAUCCUUCUUCCUACCUGACUGAAUCUCACUUACCUGUAAAGCGGCAGGAUACGAAUCAGGAACCAGAAAUUGGGAGAAUACGCUCCUUUUUCUUAGAACUCACGCAGGAGUUGGAUAGGGUGGGCCUCUUUUCUGAAAAGACCGUGAACGCUGCCAUGGAGAAGAAAGAUGAGGUUGAAAAAAAUAUACAGCACCUUGCAUCUGCGCUUGCCUCUCUUAUUCAACGGGUUCAUCGCAUGAUCCAGCAUUGGAAGAAAAAGGUGGAGUCGUUGCAGGGUGUGAUCAAUGAGCAAGCAACGCGUAUGAAGGUGGCGGAUGAUUUUAUUCGGGAGACCACCACAAAACAUCAUGUGGAGGUGGACAGUGCAAUUCAAGUUUGCAGACAAUUUGGUAUGGAACUUCGACAGCGGAUGGAUGCCUUAGAAAAAGAGGUCCGCAGCAGCCUUAGUGAGCUCAUUCAACGAAGUACGGAGGUGAGUAUUGAAAAUAAUGCCUUUUACGACCAUGCGCAACUUUUACUUAACAAGGAAAACACCAUUCAGUACUACAUGUCAAAGAUGGAAACGGUUUUAGUGGAACAAGGAAAACUGCUUCGUGAUGUGCAUCUUAGACUUCUGCAGCUGUGGAAAAAGCGUUGCGGUGAGGGUGAUGAGGAGCGAUCCACCUUGACACACAGUGGCUUGCCAAAACCCUAUCACGCUGCACUGGAUGCAUGUGAUCGUGACACUCUUCUUCGCCUUUUGCACUUUGUUGCCCUGAAUAGCAGUGAUGUGCCAGGCUUGCUGAUCAAUGCACUUGAUGAACAUGAUCUUUUUAUAAAAAGCAACACUGAGGAGGCGCAGGCUGUUGCGAAGCAGAGUGCGACAGAAACAGCAGUGCGUGCGCUUCUGGAGAAAUUGUACGAGGAAGGGGACAUCAAACUUAACCCACGUCAAUGUUCUGCAUCCCUUCCAGACGCAAUUAACGAUAUGGUACGUCACUACAACACAUACAUGACAAAAAUGGAGAGGAAACAGCGCUGUGACGCACGAAAAAAAAAUAUGAAUACUGCUUCUUCACUUGCAUUUUUUGAUAGUCGUACACCUAUGCCAGAUGAAUAUGCUGCGGAACUGGCCUUGCGUCCGCCGGUUCAAAGAAAAAUACCGGUAAUAUGUGACGGUAACGCGAACCGCAUGCAGCUGGAUAACACAUCACACACUUCUCACGGUAGGGGUGUCACGGCUUCUGUCAUUGAUUCGAAUCCCAAUGAAGCGAAUAUUGAGACGGUGUUGCCCCAGCUUGAGGUUUGUCACGUGCUGAGUCAUCUGCGGCAAAGUCACCCCUCAGCCCUGGACCCGCCUGGCACUGCCACAGUUGUUGGUUUCGGUCGUUGGGGUGGCAAAAUGGCAAAAAGAGGUACGGAUGGAGAGGCUUGUAGUAGUAGAGGAGGAGGACGACGAGGAGGCGGUGGUGGUGAGGGCGAGAAUGAGGGUGCCGGUGUCCCACGCACCGGGAAAACUGCUGUGGGUAUGCGGUUUUGUGCGGGAAUCAAGCCCUGUCCACCACCUUCUGUACCACCGCGGAUAUUCCUCAUGCGACACGUGCUGGAACAUCACUGCAACGACGUGCAAACACUCUCUGUUGAUCCUGAUUCACGGUGUAGGUGUUUCCCAGGCGAAGACGUGCCGUUUCUCAAGCUCCAACGAGAACUCUUUGGGGCAGAAACGUCGUCGUGA